AUGGCUGCACAGUCAGCGCCGAAAGUUGCUAAAAGCACCACCAAGAUGUCUCUAAAUGAGCGCUUUACUAAUAUGCUGAAGAACAAACAGCCGAUGCCAGUGAAUAUUCGGGCUUCGAUGCAGCAACAACAGCAGCUAGCCAGUGCCAGAAACAGAAGACUGGCCCAGCAGAUGGAGAAUAGACCCUCUGUCCAGGCAGCAUUAAAACUUAAGCAGAAGAGCUUAAAGCAGCGCCUGGGUAAGAGUAACAUCCAGGCACGGUUAGGCCGACCCAUAGGGACCCUGGCCAGGGGAGCAAUCGGAGGACGAGGCCUGCCCAUAAUCCAGAGAGGCUUGCCCAGAGGAGGACUACGAGGGGGACGUGCCACCAGAACCCUGCUUAGGGGCGGGAUGUCGCUCCGAGGUCAAAACCUGCUCCGAGGUGGACGAGCCGUAGCUCCCCGAAUGGGCUUAAGAAGAGGUGGUGUUCGAGGUCGUGGAGGUCCUGGGAGAGGGGGCCUAGGGCGUGGAGCUAUGGGUCGUGGCGGAAUCGGUGGUAGAGGUCGGGGUAUGAUAGGUCGGGGAAGAGGGGGCUUUGGAGGCCGAGGCCGAGGCCGUGGACGAGGGAGAGGUGCCCUCACUCGCCCUGUGCUGACCAAGGAGCAGCUGGACAACCAGUUGGAUGCGUACAUGUCAAAAACAAAAGGACACCUGGAUGCCGAGUUGGAUGCUUAUAUGGCACAAACAGAUCCAGAAACCAAUGAUUGAAACCUGCCCACCCUCCUGUGAGAGACUCUUGUUCAAAAGUCACCACAUCUGUAAAUAACCUUGAAAUAACAGAUGGAGAAGACACCUGAUUGAUGCUGGAAGGACCUAUCACAAUAGGCUACGGACUUAACUUGCCACCAGUUUGUGCAUUUUAGUGUGUUCCUUUUACUUUUUUGAUACUGUGUUGUAUGAAACCCUUUUUUCCUCUGACUUGGAUUUUGUUUGGUUGUGUUUGGGUUGUUCCUCCACCCCCAUCGCUCUGACUUCUCUUUGAACAUGAAUGUGGUGGCCUUGUGGCUAGAACACUCUCUUCCUCCUCUGCCUCCCUUCACCUGUCCCUAUGCUCUGACGUUCUAACAUUUCAUCUCUGUGUUCCCAUGAAAAAGGCCUAGUAAGAGCCCAUCGGUGUUCCUUCUUAAUGCCUAGGUUCUGUGAAACAAUUCUGUUCUACAUUAAUAGCCUCUUAAAAGUGUUGAGAAAAUUUGGAGCUCAAAAAUGCAUUCUGCUACAUUGAUAUUUUUAGCGUAGUUAAUUAGGAACACGGACAUAGCCGCAGGGCCACAUAGGUUACACAUGGUAGUGCCUCUGGUUUGAUUGAAGUUACUUCUGUGGGCAUUGACACCAUAUAAGGAGUGUGCUGGGUCGGGUGUGUGCACUUUCUACCCUGGAAUUAGAUGUAUAAACUUUCCUUUUGUAUCCUGUCCAAAGAGAUACUUUUGGGUUCGCUUACACCUGCAAUGGAGAGGAAAUAGCCAUUUGAUUUGGCACAUGCUUCAGAAAAGGGGAUGGAAUGCUGGCAGAUCCCUUCUGGGAGGCCUCAGAAGGUACCCACGCUGAAAGGCUGUUAUCCUUAUGUUUAUCCCAAACCAAUCUUGGGCUUCUCCGUUCAGUGGCUUUGUUUGACCCUCUUUUUAUUUCCCUUGAAGGUUUAAUUAAGUUCAACUAUAUUCUGUCAACUGUUCCAGUUCUCCGUGGAAUCUUGUAUUUCUGGUUCGUCAUAACAAGAAAUUGUUCUCAAAUCUAGCCAGGCCUACUACUAUUAUUGGACUCUUUGAAAUGCUGUGGCCAGUAUAACAAUAUUCUGACCUGCCCCUUU